AUGUACAAGUACAUUACACAAUUUUAAGAAUAUUAUUCGACUAUAUCAAUAUUCAUCAAUAAAUAUACUUCCUCGUAUCAUUCAUAUUUUUCUUUUUUUUCUUUUUUUGAAAUAUAUAUAAGUAUUAUAUAUAUAUAUAUAAAUAUUUUAUAUAUAUAUAUGUAUAUACAGAUAUUCUUUAUAUAUUUUUGCUGUACUUAAUGUAUUUUGUAUUUUUUCACCUUUCAAAUUUUCCUAUGAAGCAGAGUCAUCGCAUCGCGAUGAAGCAAUACAUUAUUUUAUGCAGACUAUUACAUUUUAUUUCAGACAAGAAAUUAUAAUCUGCAGUAAUUUGAGCGCAAUGCUUUUUAGAUAGGAAAGCAAACGCAAAAGUCCAACGACCGCAGACUUCUCGUCUGCACUGAGCUUUUAAACGAAUUAAAAAUCCGUGUCAAGUAUUGCGUUUAUGCCACACGAAUUAUGUCAUAUGGAUUCAUCUAUUCUUUCAGAUUUUUAUGGAAACGCAUGAGAUCACACAAUCGGAACUUGAUUUCCUAUUGCGAUUUCCAUACAUUGCCGACUUAGUCAGCCCUGUGGACUUUUUAACGGACGUCGGUUGGGGCGGCAUCAAAUAUCUAAGCCAGAUGGAAGAUUUUCAAAAUCUGGAGAAAGACAUAGAAGGUGCUGCGAAACGAUGGAAGAAGUUUGUCGAAUCCGAAACGCCGGAACGAGAAACUUUCCCGCAGGAUUGGAAAAAUAAAACCGCCCUGCAGAGAUUAUGCAUCAUGAGAUGCCUUAGACUGGAUCGUAUGACUUAUGCGAUUAGAUGCUUCGUCGAAGAAAAACUUGGUUCAAAAUUUGUUGAAUCGAGAUCUCCACCUUUUCAUAAAUCCUUCGAAGAAACGAGUUCCAUCACGCCUGUAUUUUUCAUCCUCUCCCCCGGCGUUGAUCCUUUGAAAGUAAGAAACUUAUACAUGUAUUUUUUUAUGCGCAACAGAUGUGUAAAUUUAUUUUCAGAAAUAGGUUCGAAACUAAUUUUUAAAUUCUCAAAACCUGAAUCUGAAGCUUUAUAAGAUUUCGAAAAUCUCGAAACUCUCGAAACUUGAAGUGUUGAUUUCAUCUUGUAAGUUUAUUUUACAAACUGGGAUUGACACUUUUAUAUAAAUACUAUAUUUAAAUUUAUGGCUUUGUUACACAUAACAACAUACAAAAAUAUCUAAUUCAAAUUCUUGUUUAAGAACAUUAAUUAAUUUUUCUAGAGUUAA